AUGGGGGCCGUCCGGCCUCUCGGGAACAGAUUCUGCCGGGGAGAGCGAGCGCCUCCCUUCCUCGCGCCGAGGAUCGGCUGGGGCCGCCGCCAGGCAAGUUCACCCCGGGAGCGGGUGCCGCGGGCCGAGAUGCUCCUCCGGGACCUGGUGCUGCGCCGUGGCUACUGCUGGCCCUCACUGCUGCUGCACUGCGCGCUCCACCCGCUCUGGGGCUUCGUGCAGGUGACGCACGGGGAGCCCCGGAAGUCCUGCUCCAAGGUGACCGACAGCUGCCAACACAUCUGCCAGUGCCGGCCUCCGCCCCCGCUGCCCCCGCCCCCGCCGCCCCCGCCGCCUCCCCGACUCCUCUCCGCCCCAGCUCCCAACGCCACCUCGUGUCCCACUGAGGAAAGCUGGUGGUCGGGGCUGGUGAUCAUCAUCGCGGUAUGUUGUGCCUCCCUGGUGUUUCUCACUGUGCUUGUCAUCAUUUGCUACAAAGCCAUAAAGAGGAAACCCCUGAGAAAAGAGGAAAACGGCACCGGUGUUGCUGAGUAUCCCAUGACCUCCUCGCACAGCAACAAAGGGGUGGACGUGAACAGCGCCGUGGUGUGAGUCUGCAGGCCCUGGGCCGCUGGCCAGAGGGCCACCUCGGCGGCACUA